GAGCUAGAACAUAUAUUUCCUUCACUACACUUGAGAACAGCUCCAGAUCGCUUUCUCAAUCUACAUAUCCUACCACGCGAUAUCUAGUAAGAUGGACGAUGACGAGAUUCUGUAUAUCAACACUAUGAUGCAUUCUACACUUUGGUUGGCCAAAUGUCGCCAUCAAAUUCCAGCCUGGGUUUCUGAGUUCCACCCUCAAAAGCUACCUUGCAAACUACUUCAUGACACAAACAAGCACGACCGUCACGGCUCAUAUAACUGGCUAGUACAGGUUGUGUUUGAGAAUGCCGAGGAGUGGAUAGUCCGAUUUCCUAAAGGGACCAAAGUCAGAUACCCCGAUGAGAAAGUCGAGGCUGAAGUAUCAACACUGAAACUUAUACGAGACAAGACAGAUAUUCCUGUUCCCGAGGUCAAAGCCUGGGGUGUGGCUGAGGACAACAUACUUGGGCUAGGCUCGUUCAUUAUGAUGUCAGUCAUCAAAGGCACCAGCUUGGACAGCAUUCUGCUCAAAUCUGAACCUGGCGCCAGAGGUAUGCGGCAAGACAUUAGUGAUGAGGUAGUGGCAAUAAUCUAUCGCCAAGUUGCUCGAUUCAUGCUCCAGCUUUUCAAGCUCGACUUUGCCCGGAUCGGCAGCUUGUCCGAGCCCCCGGCAGGAACAGUGGACAUAGGGUACGCCGCAUCAGUACAUUCACGGCCUUUUACGUGGAGGGCACACGAAAUGUUAGUUCUCUGUGGAGUUGACACAUACUGCCCAAAAUCUGCAACGUUUUCGUCUACUACAGACUACUUCACCCAUGUCGCCGACGGAGACCUUCAACAGUUGCACCAGCAACGAAAUGCGGUCGACAACGAAUCAGAUGCGCGAAACAAGCUCAUCUGCUCGGAAACACUUAAGUCUCUUAUCCCGCGCCAUGUGUUCGCGAAGUACGACAAAGGGCCGUUCAAACUCAUCUGCGACGAUUUUGGCCCAUCAAACAUGAUUGUAGACAAUGAUCGGGACUUGAAUAUUGUCGGUGUCAUUGAUUGGGAAUGGUCGUAUGCUGGGCCUUGUCAGCUCUUCAGCUCUCCUCCUCGAUGGCUACUCCUGCAAUCCCCAAACGAGUGGGGACGAGACGAUGAAGAGGUUGCCACCGGGUAUGAAAAGGCCUUGCAAGUGUUCCUAGAGGUCUUGGAGGAAGAGGAGCGAAGUACUCUCCAAGAUAUGCCAUCGACUGAGAGGCUGUCAGCUCUCAUGAGAGAGUGCAACGAAGAUGGGCACAAUUGGUUUCACUGCAUAAUGCGCGACGGUUUCAAUGGUCCUGAUAGGUUCGUGUGGCAACAGCUCAAAGCUGCAACGCCAGACUUUGACCAGCUUGCUAGCGCAGUCUCAGAAGAGAUGAUCACUGCGUUCAUCGAGGAGAAGAUGGUUGCCUUAGCCGCGUACAAAUUGGAAAGCGCCAAGAAGCGAAGUCUAUCAGAAUUAGUGGAUGUCCCUCUCUGAUCAUUACCGUGACGAUUAUCAUCAUUCUCUGUCGGUGAAGGAAAUCUCAUGGACGACUAUUAUUGC